ACUGCAGCAGUAUUAGCGAAAACUAUGUGAAAAAUCAGUUGUAAUUGUUUUAAUUGUAAAAGUGCAAUGCAUUUGGUGACGUCCCAUGGGGCAAUAAAAGAGUGUUCUUGUUAUUUCUAGGCAUACAUAGUUCAUAUGUAUAUACAUAGAUGUAGGCAUGGUUGAAUCUAAAAAAUUUGGCAUUUUGGAGGACUACACAUAUCUCCUUGUGACGCUAAAUUUAACGCUAGCGCUAGUUGUAAUGUUUUUCAAUUGUCUCUGUUGCAAAAGAAGGAUACCAAAAAAUGAUAUGCUCGGCCUGGAGGGCAUGGUGAAGCUAAAGAACCCCGAUGAAAUAAUUGUGCUCAGUAGCAACAAUGCAAAUUCAAUUGCUAAUGCGGCAGCAACAAGCAACAGCCUGGUGAACAAUAGUGAGUCACAAGCAGAGCUAAAUGCGUCUACAGUCUCAAACGCUGACUCAGAAAAGAGAUCUAGCACAGCAGCGCAUCGCAGCUUGCCCGACAUACCCGUGGCGGAGAACAACGACAAUGGCUCGGAAUUGUAUGAAACUGUUGCCGACAAGCAGCUGGCCAAUGCGCAUAAUCAAAGCCCGCAGCCCAGUUUGAAAAAGCAAACAAGCGUGUCACAGCACAGUUCCAUUAGUCAGGCGGAUGAUGUGAGCUCUCCGUAUUCGCGUGUUAAGGGCUUGCCGCAUGAUUAUGCCAAAGUGCGUGCCACCGAACAUCCAUAUGCCCAACUCAAUGCGCCGUCCACUUCCAGCUCAGCUGUAGCAGCAACAACAGCAAAAACUUCCAGCAGCAAAGCUGCCUGUUCUCAUGGCACCGACUCACUGCAGCGUGGCUCACAGCUCAAUGGCGAUUCAACACAGCACCUGAACGAUGAGUCGACUUCACAGGUAGAAAUACCGGCUGCAUCAGCUAUUGCGGGCAUGAUUUCGGCCAGUCAGGAUCUGCCCUAUAUGACGCCGCCCAUUGCAAAUCAACAUUUUAGCGGCGACUCACAAGACUCUUCCAAGGGCUAUACGAGCAUUAGUGUCCGCGAGCCGUUGGCCAACAUUCUGGCCCAGCAGCCGCCAACUAAGCAAACAGCUAGAAAAACAACGCUGACGCGUGAUGUUAAUGACUCGCACUAUGCAACUGUCUCCGACGAUUCAGAUGAAACCUAUGCUGCUAUUGAGGAUCCCAAUAAUCGACAUAUACCAAAUGCCACCGAUAUUUAUACAAGCGGUUCAGAAACCUAUGCACAAAUACAGCCUAUGCAGGCUAAUCCCAUCGUGGUGGCAGUCGAGAUAAACAGCACCAGUAGCUUGUCGGCAACGAGUGCUGCAACAUCUAACAGCGGGCAGCUGCCACCAUUGAAUCACAGCGCUGGCACAGGAUCGACACACCGAGUCAGCAGCAACAGCAUGGAUCAUGUAGUGCCCGUUCCUUCGCAUAUGGACAGUCUGCGCGCACAAAUGCAUUCACGGCAAGCAUCAUCCUCGUCCUCUGUGUGCAAUUUAGGCUCGCCUAAACCGGAGAAAAGACAGGCAAAUUCACCAUUACCGCCAACACCGAAGGCAAGUCUCAGUCAGUCUCAGGGGCAACAUCAUCUCCAUUCAGCAACGAGCAGCAGCAAUCUUACAUCCGGACGCAGUUCUGUUAUCUCUGUAAUAGAAGCCGGAGGCGAGGGCAACAAUGAUGUCAAUGAUGUGAACAAUACAUCUCCACAGCGCAAGCACAGCAAGAGUCUAAGUCCAUCCAAAGAUGUUGAGGGCAACAGAAAUAUUGAGGGCAUGUACGCUAAGGUCAUGAAAAAACAUAAGUUCUCCUCACACCAGCCCGAGAUGCUUGGGGUCAGUCCCUUGGAUAGUGCGGCAGCAGCGCUUUUAAUGGAGCCACAAACUUUAAAAUCUGGCGCUGAGAAAGGUCGCUUACGCAGCAAUAGUUAUACUGCUAAAGAUCAUGGGUACGAGACGAUACCUGCGGAUGGUCAGAAGCAAACGCAAAACCAGCUUCCACACGAGAAUCGCAAGUCGGACUGCUACGCGGCUAGCAUGCUGCAAAAGGAGCGCCAACAGGAAGCAGCAACUGGGAGUCAGACGCAUCACAACAACAGUAGCAACAGCGUUCAGGUUAAACCUAGUUCGCCCAGCACCAGCACAAAGCACUACGAGACUAUAAAUUGCCCACCGUGUCAGAAACCACAAAGCAACGAUCCUGGCUACGAGCAGCUGCAAACGGCGCCCAACGAUGAUGAUGCCAAGAAGUCCGACUAUGAUCCCAACUAUGAGGUGCUAAAGAGUCGCGCCCAUUCUGAUGAUGGCUACGCCAAAGUGCUAGAAAAGAAGCAACCACCAGUCGAUGUUGUGGAUAGCAGUGGUGGCUACAGCACCAUCCCUGGUGCCGAUGCGAAUCACAAUUAUGCCAGCAUAUUGGAGACCAAGGCACAUUUGGUAGCUGUUCCAAACGAUACGGAUCACUAUGCACGCAUUGCGGAGACGGUGACGCUCGCGUCGCCCCUUACGCCCAAUUCAUCAUCUAUGGCAAAUAGCUUGUCCAUGAUCACGGUGACCACCAGCACCAGCAUGAGCUCUCAACAGACGGUCAGCUCUUCACAGUAUGAAUCGCUUACAGGCACUGGCAGUGAAACAGAUCCCAACUACGAGUCAGUUUGUUAUUUAAAUACCACAACAACCACAGCAACGGCAUCAACAACAACUAACAACAGCAGCAACAACAGCAGUAGCAGCAACAUAGAUCAUGGCUAUGAGCGCCUGGAGUCGGACAACAAUACGCAAGCAAACAGCCCGCUGAGCACGCCGAGUGAGCAGCAGCUGGUAGUAGAUGAUUACUUUCAGGUGUAACUAUAACAACAGUGGCUGCAAGCCGUAGUGAGCUGGAUCUCGUUGAACUAUAAUCACAAAAAACAUAUACACAGACGCACACCCUAGCAUUCUGUUUUGCUUAGCAAUCGCUUUUAUUUUUUCUUAACGCACAUAUCACAUUGAAUGCCCAGCAGCAAAGAUUUUGAUUAGAGUACUUGGAAACAAAGAAAAAAAGCUUGGAUAAGCGCGUGUUGCUUGCAUUUUAUGCAGCUUCAAAUCGGCUCGCACUUUAGACCUAGACUAGCAGUAAGUUAUAUAAAUAGCAAGAACUUCAUGUACAAAGUAUUUGUAUGUUAAGCUCGAUAAUAAUGUGCAAGCGGCAAAUAAGCCCAUAUGCUUUUAUAUCUUAUAUAUAUAGAUAUAUAUACAUGUACGGCUACAUACUAUAUAUUAUACAAAUACCAGUGCGUCCUAUUUUAUUUAAAUUGAAUGCAAGAACAAAGGCGAAGCGAUUUCAAUUGAUUAGAACCGCGUAGAUAAAGCAGAGAGAUAUUAAAUAAAGCACAGAAAAACAAA